CUUCUUGGUCGGAUGGAGGGGUCAUUAGAGCAUGCUGGGGUACUCUGACGGCCCGCACACAGAACCUCUGGAUAUCAAACCCCUUUCUCCCUCCGGCACCAGUUCUAGCACUGCGAGGCGGUCGGUUUCUGAUAGUGCCAGCAGCUCGGAUGCUCCCCCCAGGAAACGUCCAAGACACGACACAUCCUCAAGCACUGCGUCCAUAAUGACGACCACGAGAGCGUUGACUGUCGAAGCGGACUCCAAGGCCAGUCUCGUAACAAGGGACUCGGACUUUUACUUCGACGAUGGAAGCUGUGUGCUUCAGGUCGAGAACACCCUGUUCAAUGUGCAUCGCACGAUGCUCAACAAAGACUCGUCAUCAUUUGGAGAGAUGUUCCAGCUCCCACAGGGCUCCAAACCAGCGGAAGGCCAGACAGACGACAAUCCCGUCUAUCUGCCAGGAGACACCGCGGAGGAGUUCAGAAAUUUCCUCUGGGCGUUAUACGCACUGCCCUCCGAACUGAUGACUAUCAGUUCUGCGCAAAUCGAGCUUGGACGCAUAAUUGACAUUGCAUCUGUGGCAAACAAGUACUCCUUCAGGACGACUGAGACGUGGGCGCUGGACGCAAUUCGUCAGUUUACAGAGCGCAAACCCUCGGUGCUCAUACCGGCUGCGUUCCCCACGCCAUCAAGUUUGCCUGCUAUGGGGAACAAGGACAUCAUCGCUCGACUCGUGAGGCUAGCACAGAAGUGCGGCCAUGCUCGUCUCCUCGAGAGCAUGGUCAACGUGUUAACUCAUCGCAUGAAGACAUCCGUACAAUUCGCUUACCUUGCCAUGACACUGGGCGAUGAAUACGACAUCCGUGGUCUCCGUGGUGCAGGCUACCUCGAGGUCCUUCUCAACGCCAACUUCGUCUGUUCUACGGACCACUCUUCAGGUGGCUUGGUAGAGGGGGACAUUCAAACGGAGGCGGGGAAGAACCGCCUUGUCAUCAGCUCCACCCAACGGUUGCGCCUCCUGUCGGGAUACCAACGUCUGUCCAAGACAUGGGAUCGCCUACGUGCCAAUGCACCUCAGUUCGACCACGUCCCUCCGUGCAGCGCAGAGUGGCAUUCUCAUGGGUGUACGCAAAGCUGGGUUGAGUUUUGGAAGGAGAAGACGCGCAGUGAAGCCGUGCUGUCUUUGUCCUCCGCAGAUGUGUUGGGUCGCCUUGGAAUUUUCGUCAAGGAGUUUGACAAGUGGGGCUCUGCGAACUUUAUGCACCACGAGUGCAAGAACAUUGCCCGUAGGUCCAUACACGAGAAGAUUAACUCGAUCCGCGAAGCUCUCCCAGAUUACUUCCACGAAGGAGGGGACUACUGAUGCGAGGACACUUGUGGACUUUAUUCGCUUUUCACUAUGUUAUUAGUAUAAUGUUUCAGUGCUACAAUGGUAUGGGGAGAUAGAUGAACUAUUCUAUGUUAUACAGAUGCUUUGGAUUAUGGACUUUUGGCUUUUCCUCUGCUUGCAUUCUUGGCUGUCAUAGCUGUCAUUAUACUGUCGUUCGUUGUGAGCAUGGGAUCAACUGCCUGCAAUGUCCUGUUCCAUGGGCCAUCCGACAACGUUGGUGGUUCGGAGCUGCCUCCAAUGUUCGCGUCCAUCAUAUCACGCAUGAGGUCGUCGACCUGGUCAGAGGUUGGAAGCUUUUCGAGACCGAUGCGUGAGCCGCGCAAGAGCAUCUGCUCGAACAUCUCAUCUUCGUCGAGCUGUUGAAUCUGUGCACGGAAGCCAUUUAGGAUCUUGUGGAACAAUACUUUCUCUUCCUCUGGGUUUUUGGGCUGUUGUAUCAAGGGGUCCACGAGGUCGCGUUCGUUGUCCUUGGGCCCGUCGAGGUCGAGCUUUGACAUCCACUUAUGCUCGAAUUCAUCGUCAGAGAGUGCUGCAUCGGACAGCGCGGUUUGAUCUGGGCCAUACUCCGUGCCUACAGAACUUGCCGGAGACGGAGGCCGG